AUGGUGGGGGUGGCAGUGAUAAGGACAUGGAUUGAACCAGUGGUUGCAGGUUCUCAAGUGGCCAGUGCCUUCUAUGACACUGCACUGCUGCUGGUGGUGAAGAACUACUACAACCAGACCAACACCACUGCUCCUUCCCAUGCACUGGAAGAUGCUCAGCAGAAGGCUGUCUCUAAUUUUUAUAUCAUCUACAACCUAGUCCUGGGCCUGAGCCCACUGGUGUCAGCCUACAGUUUGUCCAAGCUGGGGGACAGGAUACAUCGGAAGAUCCCCAUCUGCUUCCCUCUUCUCGGCUACUUGGGCUCCAAAUCUCUCCUCCUCCUCCUGAUCCUGCUGGACUGGCCAAUUGAGGUGAUGUAUGGGGCUGCUGCCUUCAAUGGGCUGACAGGAGGUUUCACCACGCUCUGGGCAGGUGUCAUGGCUCUGGGAUCCCUGGGGUCCUCAGAGAGGAGGAGGUCUCUGCGGCUCAUCAUUAUUGAGCUGGUGUAUGGCCUUGCUGGCUUUCUGGGCAGUAUGGCAUCUGGCUACCUUUUUGUUGGCUUCAGUGACCACCAUCGAGAGGGCACUGUGCUGGUGAGCUGCAGCAUGGCUUGCUAUGCUUUCUGCCUCCUCUACAGUAUUUUCAUUCUCACAGUCCCCAAACCAGCAGCUUCCUGCCCAGCCAGAGCCAAGACUGCAGAGGAGGUGGGCAGUCAGCUACCAGACUGCGCAGAAGCAGCAGCAAGUUCCCAACCUUCACAGAGCAGCAAGUCCAUCCCAGUCUCCCCAUCAAAACUCAUCAUCAUCAUGCUGUUUGUGGCAGCGAUCCUCUAUGACCUUGCUGUGGUCGGUGCAAUGAACGUGCUCCCACUCUUCUUGCUCAGGGAGCCAUUGAACUGGAAUGCCGUGGAGAUCGGCUAUGCCAAUGCCGCUGGGUAUGUGAUCUUCAUCACCAGCUUCCUAGGGGUAUUUGUGUUCUCCAAACACCUGAGGGACAUUAGCAUGGUCAUGAUUGGAGUGGCAUCCUUCAGUGCUGGCAUUCUCAUCAUGGCCUUCGUGCGGUGGACAUUUCUGUUCUACAUCGCACGAGCAGUGAUGCUCUUUGCCCUCAUCCCCUUACCAACAAUCAGGUCCAUGUUAUCCAAACAUAUUGAAGGAUCAUCUUAUGGUAAGGUGUUUGUCCUGCUUCAGUUGUGUUUAGUCACCACAGGAGUAGUGGCAUCCACAGUCUACAACAAGAUCUAUCAACAUACACUGAACUGGUACAGCGGCUUCUGUUUCAUUUUGUCUUUUCUAUGUAGCUGCCUGAGCCUCCUCCCUUUAAGCAUUGUGGCCAUCAAACAACGCUCAACCUCUGGCUCCCUUGAGAUUCUGACCAAGUGACAAAGGAUGUACCACCUAAAGCAUCUCCUGGUCUUUGUCAGCUCUGAGCUACUGAAGUGGAGGGUGUGCCAAGCAUUAGUUCUCACAGUCAUCAUCACAGGAAGCAUCUCAUUUGUGUUUGCAUUUCACAGCAUGCCACAGACUCUGAGUAUGCCCGAGAUCACCCGGGACAAAAGAAGUUGGUCUUAUUUCUGCAGUACAUCAUCAUGCAGAGCACAAGCAAUGGCUGAUGCAUACUACCAGUGCUCAGAGCAUUUUGCUUUCUUGCUUGUCUAGUUAGUAAUAGUGCAGAGGGUCAAGAAAAGGGUAGAAACAAAAAUGGUGUUUGUAGGCCUAUCAGGAGUGGAAGGGGAAAGCAGAUCAGUUUUCCAUAAGUUGAUUAUUGUCUGUUCAUUCAGAAACCAGUCUGUGCCUGGGGAUUAUGAAACAAAAGGUCAACAAGCCACGUGCAUACAGUUGUCAGCAGGCCACAUCUGCUCUCCAAGAGCUACAGAAGAUGUGUCAGCCCAGCUGAUCAGUAUUGUGUAGAAAACCACUAAAUACAGAAAUACUACUGUAAAAAAAGGCACUUUUAGUUGUCUCUACAAAUAAACAACUCCUUUUGUUCAUGACCCUGACUUCUGGGAGAUUGUCCCUGGGCAAUGCUUUAACAGAACUCAUGGGAGAACAUCUCCAACUCAAGAACAGAUACUGGCAUUUUGGCGCACAGCACCAGGAUGUAACGCUGUAACAGGUUAAGAACAAGUAAGCACAACACACUCUUCCUGCAGGAUUUACAGAGGGGUAGGGACACCUAUUGCAGACAAUGGUUGCAUUUUAACUCCAGCUUUACGCUGGGUGGAAACCCCUGCCAAAAGGGAUCUGCUAUGAUACAGCAACAGGCACAAAAUGCUGUCAGCAAAAUCCAAACACGAUUCAAAAUACUAGCAUGGCCCAUGCUUAAAUGAUGUCUACUUACAUGCUAACUGAAUUAGCAAGGAUUAUGUGGCUUCCAAGCUCCUGGAGUAAGUAAAAGCAAGUUAAAAGCAACUGAAAUACUCUGAAGAAAAACCAGGCAGCUUCAGUUCAAGCCAGGGAUGCAGCAUGCAGAACUGAUUACUCAUUAUGCAGCCCCUUAUUCAGAGGAAGUUUCUGGCACCUCUACACCCCCUACACACACACACACACACAUUUGAAAUCUUCAUCUCCCAGCUUCACUUUCAAGUAAUACCAGAUGUACUGCAGCAUCAAACAUAUGACACUCAGUUAAGUCAGCAGUGGAACAAAUAUUUUAAAGGGAAGGGUAUCUCUGCAGUAAGAUAAAAAGGUGUUUGAAGCGCACACAUUUCAAUGGAGAAGGCUACAAAGAAAGAGAAACUUUAUAUUCUACAUAAAGGAGUAAUUUUUAAAUACAUUUAUUGGUCCAUUCUGUUAAAUUAAUUGAGGUAAACAAAUGGUGCAUUUAAAAAAAAAUGUACACACUAACAGAGAACUGCAAACAGUUUUACCUCAAAGUGUUCUUCUCCAUCAAUACUAGUUCCAUAGUAAACAAUGCACAAAGUAUAUUUAUACAGAGAUAUAUGAAAGGGUAUAGAAACAUGCCAGCACCAGAAGGCAAGAACAACAUUUCCUAGCCUGUAAGUCUGAACACAGAAACAGUUGCCAGAUUUGGUCAAGUGCAGAGAACAAAAGCCUCCUUCUCAUGUUUAUGUUGUUUACUACCUAACUCACACAGAGACAAAUCUU